CACCGCUGCGUCAGAACCACAGAAGAAGAAGAAGCGGAAGCAGGAAGUGUCGGGAGCAGCAGUCAGAACAGAUUAGCCUGGUUAGCCUGCAGGCUAACGAUGUGACGUUUCUAAACUGAACAGUGUUGAUGCUAAGCCCCGCCCCCUGUGUGCCGGUGUGUGACCUGCGUUGACCUCAGUGGGCGUUGCCGUGGGCGAUGGCUCUGAUUGAAGGUGUCGGAGACGAGGUGACGCUGCUGUUCGGCUCUCUGCUGCUCCUCCUGGUGCUGCUGCUCGCCUGGAUCUCCACCCGCACCUCCGAGCCCCCAGAACACCUGUUCACCUCCACCACAGGCCCCGCCCCCUCACUGAGGAGCAGCCCCGCCCACCCGGACACGCCCCCCUCCUCCACCAACACCACCUCUUCUUCAUCCUCCUCCUCCCCCUCGAGCUCUGUGAGUGACAGCUCUGUGACAGAGGCUCUGCCCACCAACAGCUCCACCCAGGAGGAGAAAGGGGAGGGGCAGGAGGGAGGAGGAGAGUCCUCAUCGUCUGAGAGGAACAUGGUGGUCAGACUGAAGUUCCUCAACGACACAGAGAGAACGGCUCAGGUCCAACCACAGGACACCAUCGGAUACAUCAAACGGACCUACUUUGCGGGGCAGGAGCAGCAGGUCCGGUUGAUCUAUCAGGGUCAGCUGCUGCAGGAUGACGCUCAGACUCUGGCCUCCCUGAACCUGGUCCACAACUGCGUCCUGCACUGUCACAUCUCUCAGCAUUCGGGUCGGGGGUCAGCGGGGGGUCCGCGUCCUGCAGACCAGGUGCAGGUGGCUCUGAAUGUGGGCAGCCUGAUGGUCCCCCUGCUGGUCCUGAUGCUGUCGGUGCUGUGGUACUGUCAGAUCCAGUACCGGCAGUUCUUCACCGCCCCGGCCACCGCCUCUCUGAUCGGAGUCACCAUCUUCCUCAGCCUGGUGGCCUUCGGAGUCUACCGCCGCUAGCUGCUCCCCGAUUGGCUGCCACCUCCGCCGGUGUGCUGAUGUGGGCGUGGCUCCCCGUGUGACCUCCGACCCGGACGCCGGCCGGGACUCGCGCUCGCGGGACAAAACGGACGCUGAUAGUUAAUGUUUGUCUUUCUGUUGCCAUGGAGACACUGAGUGUUAACGAGGACUUUAAUUUUUUUAGAUUAUGUUUCUGUAGGUCUCAUCAUCAUCAUCAUCAUCAUCAUCAUCAUCGUGCCUCUUUUACUUUCUGGGUUCUCUGGUUGGUUCUGGUCCUAAAGGGGGACUGUAGACCGAACCUGUCUGUCUCUCUGUCUGUCUCUCUGUCUGUCUCUCUGUCUGUCUGAACAGGACAGGAAGUGUAAUUUAACAGCUUUUCAAGAGAAAGAAAUUCUAUUAAAUCAUUUAUUUAU